CCCAUCUGACCGGUUACAAGCACACACGAGCUUUCUAAAUUUUAUACGAUGGUGUUGUUAACGUUCGCCCUACUGGGCGUGGCAGUCGCGUUGCUUUACAACUUUUAUCAGUAUACGUACAAGUACUGGGAGCGUCGCGGAGUGCCCUUUGAACCGCCUCUACCAUUAGUUGGCAAUAUGAAAGGCAUCGGAUCGAAAUAUCACUUUCGCGACGUUAAUCAGAGAAUAUACGAUCAAUUUAAGGGAAAAGCGCCUUUUGCGGGCAUGUUUAUGUUUUUGAAACGGGUCGCUUUCAUUAUCGAUCUCGAUCUGGUUAAACAGGUGCUAAUCAAGGAUUUUAAGGCUUUCCAAGAUCGCGGCGUAUUUAACAAUGUGCGGGACGAACCUCUAACUGGACACCUGUUCACUCUCGAGGGCGAAGAAUGGCGAUCUAUGAGGCACAAACUGACCCCCGUCUUCACCUCUGGCAAGAUGAAGCACAUGUUCGGCAUUGUGGUUGAGGUGGGUGAUCAUUUGACUACCACAAUGGGUAACGCAGUUAGUGCCGCCGCUGGAGUAGGUGGUGAUGUGGAGAUCAAGGAACUGUGUGCUCGGUAUACCACUGAUGUUAUUGGCACCUGUGCCUUUGGCCUCGAAUGCAACAGUCUGGCAGAUCCCAACGCCGAGUUUAGAGCCAUGGGUCGAUUGCUCUUCGAGAAACCACGUCAUAAUCAGUUGAUUCAAACCUUUAUAUUUACCAAUGCCAAGCUGGCAAGAAAGCUUCGGCUUAAAAUUUUAAAUGAUGAUCUAAAUAAUUUCUUCAUGGAUGCCGUUCGUAACACAGUAGAUCAUCGAGUCAAGCACGGCAUAAAACGCAAUGAUUUCCUUGAUCAGUUGAUCGAGCUGCAUGCUGAAAACGAGAACGAAGCUCGCCAGGGUAAAGGUAUUGAUCUAUCGAAAGGACUGACAAUCGAGCAAAUGGCCGCCCAGGCUUUUGUCUUCUUCAUUGCUGGUUUCGAAACGUCCUCUAGCACGAUGAGCUUCUGCCUAUACGAACUGGCAUUGCAACAAGAUAUUCAAAAUCGUCUACGAGAAGAGAUCGAGAACGCUCUAAAGGAUGUACCAAAUGGUCAACUUACCUAUGACGCCAUGGGUCAGAUGACCUAUUUGGAGCAGGUGCUGUCAGAGACCCUAAGAAAACAUUCAAUUAUAUCGCACCUUCUGCGAGAGGCAAACGAGGACUACAAAGUUCCCGGCACAGAACAGACUAUCGAGAAGGGAACAACAAUUAUAAUACCUGUACAUAACAUUCAUCACGAUCCAGAGAUUUAUCCUGUACCAGAUCGCUUUGAUCCGUCACGUUUUGAGCCCGAGGCUAUCAAAGCACGACACCAAUAUGCUUAUUUGCCAUUUGGAGAUGGACCCCGUAAUUGCAUUGGCGAACGAUUUGGAAAAAUGCAGGCCAAGAUUGGUCUCAUCUCACUCUUGAGGCACUUCAAGUUUGGCGUCUCCGACCGCACUGAAAUACCUUUGAUCCUAAAUAAGAAAAACUUCCCAUUGUCCACCAAAAAUGGAAUUCAUCUCAAAGUCGAGCGCAUUUAAAGAGAUUUUUCAAAAGUCAAUUAUGUUGUCUUAGUUUCGCCAUCUUUUUUUUUCAAUUCAGUUCUACAUUUAUUUGCUUUUUAUUAAAUUUUAAAAUAUUAAAUUCUGAUUAAGCAUCAGCUACAAAUGCA